CCUCGGACACCGACGAGCCGAUCCGAGCGUCGAGAAAGUAAAGAGAGGCAGCUGCGAGAGAAUGAAACGAGAAGUGGAGCAGGAAAACCAAUACGGCAAAAAUGGGUUUUGUUUGAAAAUUUAAGCUUUUUAGAGAAUAUUGUCACUCAGAAAAGAAAUUAUUCUAACAUCGUCACUCAAAAAAAUAAUUUGUCUGUGAACAGCCAAUCUUUUACCCAAAAGCCUGCACAAAAUGAAACUCAGGAUAAUAUUUAUGGCGAUAAUGUUGAUGAUGUGCGAGAAUCAUCUUCGUUGUCGCAGAUGCAACAAUUCACUCCUUCAAUACAUCAUCAGCAUAGGACAUCAGUGUCAGAAAAGGAAGUGUUUAAAAAUUCGACAAAUUCACCUGUGUUUUCUAUGGAAAAUCAGAGGAAUUUGCUAUCUGUACAAUGUUCCAAUAACAUACUUGAUGCGAGUCAAUCUUUAUUCCCAUCUGCGUCUAUGCAGCUACCACUGCAAUCGGCACCUUCGUCGAAGCCGAUUCCGCCAAUGCUGAGAUCUACACCUUCGCCAAUAUUGAGAUCCACACCUUCGCUGAUAAGAUCCAUACUUUCGCCGAUAAGAUCCACAACUUCGCCGAUAAGAUCCACACCUUCGCCGAUACAGCCAUCAUCUGCUCUUUUACCGCCCAAAACAUCAGUUUCUGAGACAAACGAGUCAUCGAUUUUGGCAAAAACGUUGAAUAUGCCUUCAUCUUGUUUCACCGGAAUGAAUAGGCUCACAAAAAAGCGCAAAGUCGACCCUAUGGAACAGCCUUUCUUCAAAUGAAUAAUACGUUCAAUACGGUAGCAUCUACAGUUCUACAGAAUCGAAAUGACAUUCAUUAUCCAGAUGUAAUUAUUGGUAAACUUGUAACAGCGGAGCUCGAAAAGACAAUGGAACCAAUGAAGACUAACUUGAAAAGAAAGUUUAUGGAACUUUUGUACUCGCAUAAUGAAUAAUAGAAGAUAUAAUUAUAAAAAUAACUUUUAUUACUUAAAACUUUUAUUACUUAGUAAAAUAAAAUUUUGUUUUCAAUAUAAAAAAAAUAUUUGAUUGUAUCGU